GCCAGUUGUGUGGCUUUCCAGACCAAGUUAGCCUCGAUCAUGGAGAUGUUAGCUCAAGCUGCCGUGUUGGAGAUCAGUAAAAUAUGGGAGGACAGCUUCACGCUCGUCCAGGUCGAGCUACGCCGGAGAGAGAGUGAGAUUGAAGCUCUGAACAGAAAGUUGAUGUUGCUGGAAAACGAGCAGCUGACUCAGACUCAGGCUGCAAAUGUGUCCUCACCAUCUUCAUCCAGGAGAGAGCAGCAGAGCAGGAUGCUGCCCCCUACUGGUGAUGGACCCGUCAUAGAUUCAGUCCAGACGUUAUCUUCCGAGCAGAGCGUCAGAGAGAAGACGGACACCGCAGCCAAUCACAGAACAACGUCUCCACCUGCUCCAUCAGAGGAGAAACAGAACGAGCAGCUCAAGUCUGACUUCUGUGAAAGUGACAGCAGAGACGACGAAGAUCUAAUAGUGAAACUGGAGGAUGAGGACGACGUUCAGAUCGUGGAGCAGAUAAUGGACUGUGAGCAGAGCAUUACUGACGGAGCCGCUCAACAUGAGAUGGAGCUGAACCACCAGCAACCCGCCGAAGCUGCAGAGGAACACGAGAGCCAGCAGUGGUCGUCUGUUUCAGUCGGGGACAGCGACACCGCCGACGACUCGGACUGCUUUUUCGAACCACAGCAGCUGUCACAAAACAUGGACUCGGAAAUCCUGUUCAUUCAGAAUGCUUUGGACAUUUUAGACAACUCAGCGGAGACGAUGCACACUGACAGGUUUACGAGGGAGAACGGACAAGGUGCACCAAGUAAACCGAGGGCUCCUGUGACUUUCAGCCAAGCUCAGCCAAGUCAACCUAUAGAAGCAAUAAAUCACCCAGAGGGAGGCGUGUCCAUCAGAUUCCUCUCAGAGAAACAACUACAGACUAAAAACAUGUCCGCCUUUAACCCAGACAACAGAUUCUUCCUCUUAAACGACCCUGAGUUGCAUAAAACGAUAGCGAGUCGCCACAUAAAGGAGAAGUGGUUCAUUUGUCCAUUCUGUGGGAAAAGCUUUGAUCGUGUCAGCCAUCUGGAGAUUCACCAGCGAAUUCACACGGGGGAGAAACCGUACACGUGCGACACGUGCGGCAAGUGUUUUUCUCAGAGGAGUAACCUUCGCACUCACCAGCGGACUCACAAAGAGGUUUUAGCCCAAAAUUCAGUUUGAUUCAUGAGAUUUUUACGGAUACGAGGAAUAGUUCUGUGACAUUUAUGUUUAGAUGAAUUAACAAAUUACUUUUUUUUUACUUCAGCGUGACAGAAAAGUGAUGUAGCCGACUGAUUUUACUGUACACUCCUUUUUUUUCUUUUUAUAUGAAUCCUAAC